AUGCUCACUGCCUACUUUGACCUAGAUACUAGUUUCGGCCUCUUGACCCUCAUCUUCUCCCUUCUCUCUCUCUGGGCUAUGGUUGACACUGUUAACAUGACGCUCGAGGUCCUCGUCCUCAUCGUUGAUAUGGUUAAUCUCCUCCCAUUCUUGCUCCUUCGUGGCGCAAUCUCUCUAUACUUCAGCCUUGUGGCAGUUGUAUUCGUUCUCCCUUUCUACGAGGAGAAAUGGCCUAAGGUGGUCAAUCAAUGGACUCUUCUGAGUCGCCGCGAUAAAAAGAGUGGCCUGGCUUUCGCUUGCGCCUCUCUAUUCGUAAUGGCCAUAUUCUAUACCGUCAUUGGCCUGGUCGUGACGGUGUGCCACUUGUUGCGUUUCGUUCACUCCAGUCUCUCCCUUGCGAUGAUGACCUUGGUCAUCUUGAGCACUCUUGUUUGUGUGGCGUCGUCGUGGCAUCUUCUGUCGAUACUCAUCAAAACCUGCGUUCAGCGCAUCAGAGGUAUAUUUGUGUUUGGCAUUAAACAGCAUACGCCCACUGGUUUGUGGACACUACGAACGACCCACCUUCCGCUUCCCAGACUUACUGGCUUCUCGGGGCUCGUCAUCAUCGUCGCUGCCGACAUUCAUUUGACGCCAGGCGACUCGGAGGAAACCCCACCAGCAAGUUUCCUAGUGUCGUGUUUAUCCAAACUCCUGUCUUUCUGGAAAACGACAACCAGCCAAACUAUUUCGAAACACCUCCAUGUCUCCAUUCCACGCGCGCUGUUUACCCAGCACCUACCACCCAUGAUGAAGCCGGCAUUGCCAGUGGAUACGUCUUCGACUCAAGAGAAUAAUGUUACUGCUUUGACAAUGACUCAACUCCCAGCACCUAACUGGCAUUAUUGUUUCGACCCCGUUCUCUUCAACCAAUUGAAGAUGGUCACCACAUGCAACAACAACAUUCCCCAAUCGAUUAGUCCAACCAUACCUUUUUUCCAACAUACGCUCACUGUGCCGCCUGACUUGUAUGCGACUCUCUUUACCAAUGGUGGAAUGACCGUCAGCCCAGCACCUAAUUUGGCGACUCCCUCCAUUUGCAAUCAUCCUGUCCUAGCGAGUGAACCAUCGAGCGCAGAAACCACUGCAACGCUGAAUCCAAACGCAAAUGCAUUCGUUCCAGCAAAACUUCCUGUUCUUGAAGGCGCCGCUCGUCGCGCCUAUCUCGAGAAACGAUGGGAGCAACGACCUUCCACUGGUCCUCCCGCUUUCUGGCAACCCAGGCCAGAAAUUGCCCAACCACCACCACCACCUCCAAAGCUUCAGCCGGCUUUCAAAAAGUGCCGCAACCGUCGUCCACGACAGAACCGUACUCUUGACCCAACAGGAACAGAGAACCAGAUGCUGUAA